AACAUUUGUAUGUGGGACAUCCCACCAGUCCACAAGUCGUCCCUAUAUACUUACCCAGUAAGUUACACAACCAAUCAGGAAUAUGGGUGGGUAACGAGUCCAUUGACGAUGUGGAAAAGCUCGAAUAUAUAGGAGAACAGAAGAAGAACAAGGCGCACCAGCUGCUAUUAAUUUCAGUUUCUACUUUGUGAACAACCUUUUCUUCCUAUCUCCACCUUCCAUUUCUUGUAUUGUGAAUCGCAAUUUCACUCUCGAUCGGAGUAUGGCUGAAUUUCUUAUAUCUGUUCUCUUGGAGCAGUUUGCUUCAAUCACUACUCGAGAGGCGAAACAAGAGUUAAGGUUGGUUGUUGGCGUUGAUGAAGAAGUCCGAAAGCUUGAAGACAAUUUACGAGUUGUGUAUGCGGUGCUCGAUGAUGCUGAGAAGAGACAAAUGAAGGAGCAUGCUGUGAAGCUUUGGUUAGAAAAGCUCAAGGACGUAUCCUAUGAGAUGGACAACGUGCUGGAUGAGUGGAACACUGCAAUGAUCAAAUCAGAAAUUGAAAAAGAAGAAGAAGAAACUGCUGCUGAAAAUGAUCCUAUUGUGAAGAAAAAGAAGAAGAAGGUAUGCCCCUUCAUCCCCUCUCCUACUUGUUGUUAUCAAGUUCAUAAACUUGUUUUGCGUCACGACAUUGCUCACAAGAUAAAAGAACUGAAUAGAAAAUUAGAUGAGAUUGUAAGAGUGAGAGAGAUGUAUGGGUUUGAGUUGACUAGAGGCCCUACCCUUGAAGUAGUUGAGCACCCAAAAACUACUGCCUUUGUUGAUAUAUCUGAAAUAUGUGGCCGUGAUGAGGUUAGGGGUGAUCUAGUGAGCAUUCUUUUGGGCAAGGGUAAUGAAGAAGAAAGAAGCCCUUAUGUAAUCUCUUUAGUGGGCAUGGGUGGAAUUGGAAAAACCACUCUUGCCCAAUUAGCCUAUAAUGAUCCUGAGGUGCAAGACCACUUUGAGAAAAACAUAAUGUGGGUUUGUGUUUCUAAACCUUUUGAUCAGUGUAAGGUUGCUAAAGCAAUCAUUGAAACCUUAGGAGGUGGUGACCCAAACAUUAUUGAAUUGCAAAGUCUACUAAAAAAAAUUUGUGAAUUAAUCAUGGGAAAGAAGUUCUUUCUUGUCCUGGAUAAUGUGUGGACUGAAGACUCUACAUUAUGGGAGCCAUUUAAACUUUCACUCAAAUAUGGUGCCCAGGGAAGUAGAAUUCUAGUAACCACACGAAAAAACGUAGUUGCAAAGAUGAUGGGUAGUGCAUGCACGAUCAAUUUGGAGGUAUUGUCUGACGAAGAUUGUUGGUUGGUAUUUAGUAAAAUAGCAUUUUCUGAUAAGGAUUCUAAGGAAUGUAAGCAAUUAGAAGACCUUGGCAUGCAAAUAUCAAAGAAGUGUAAAGGCUUGCCACUCGCUGCAAAAACUCUCGGGAGUCUAAUGCGCUUCAAGAGAAGCAGAGAACAAUGGGAGAUGGUUUUAUGGAGUAGUUUGUGGGAAUUAGAAGACGUUGAGAGGGGUCUUUUCGCACCAUUAUUAUUGAGUUAUUAUGAUUUGCCUUCUCCAUUGAGACGAUGUUUGUCAUAUUGUGCUUUCUUUCCAAAAGAUUAUUUAUUUUUUAGUGAUGAGUUGGUCUUUAUGUGGAUGGCGCAAGGAUAUAUCAAUUCAAAAGAAGAUAUGGAGAUGGAAAUCAAAGCAAGAGAAUACUUUGAAUCUUUAGCCAUGCUCUCUUUCUUUCAAGAUUUUGUGAAAGACUCUGGUGGCAAGAUAAUAAGGUGUAAAAUGCAUGACAUAGUGCAUGAUUUUGCACAGUUAAUGACAAAAAAUGAAUGCUUCACAAUCAAUAGUGACAAAGAGUUGGGAUUAGAUUGUAAAAAUGCUCACCAUUUGCGUUUAGAAAUUGCAAGAGAGGACCAAAAUCUUGUGUCCAUUUACAGUGCGAAAAAUUUGCGCACCCUCAAUUUUGUAUAUCGAAGUGAUUAUAACCUAUCUAAUUUAUUCCAACAUUUUAGAAGGUUACGAAUGUUAACUUUGGAUUGUCUAGAUGGUAAGUCAAAGGAACUUCCAGAUACCGUGCAAAAUUUCAUACAUUUAAGGUACCUCAAUUUAGGUAAUUACAAUGGAGACAAAUUACCUGAAACCAUCUGCAAUCUAUGCAAUUUACAAAUGUUGAAGGUCAAUAUUCGGAGUGAUGGGUUCAAGAAAAUGCCGCAGGGGAUGGGUAAACUAAUUAAUUUAAGACAUCUUAUUUUGGGUGUAUCUUCUUUAAAUAGACAGUUAGAGUUUCCAAGAGGAAUUGGAAGAUUGAUUUCUCUUAGAACAUUAAGAUAUUUCUUUGUAAGUGGAAAGGAUGACAACAAAGGAUGUAAACUUGAAGAAUUAAAAAAUUUGAACUACCUUCAAGGAACUCUUGAAAUAAGAGGGUUGGGGAAUGUUGCAAAUGUAACUGAGGCGGAGAAUGCACAACUUAAGAAGAAGAAACACCUUCGUGAUUUGAAUCUACAUUUUGGCGGAGAGAAUGAUGCAUUAGUUCUAAAUGCCUUAGAGCCACCUCGAGACUUGGUAAAUUUAUCCAUUAAUGAUUAUCAAGGCACCAAGAUGUCUCCUAAUUGGACGAUGCCCCUGAUCAAUUUGAAAAGGCUUACUCUCAAAUGCUUCACACAGUUAGAUUGUUUGCCUCCUUUGGGGAAGCUUCCGUCUCUCAAAUCAUUAAAAAUAACUUGCUUUAUAAGCUUGAAAAAGGUGGGUAUUGAGUUUUUGGGAAUAGAAAAUGAAAUCAAGAAAUGUGAUAAAAUAAAAAUAUUCCCGAAUUUAAAAUCUCUCUCGUUUCAUUAUUUGAACGAGUGGGAAGAUUGGAUUGGGAUUGGAGAAAUGAGGGGAGGUGGAGGACAAGAAGAAGAGGAGAAACGUUGCAUUACUAUAAUGCCACACCUUAAACAGUUGACAAUUCUCUAUAGCCCAAAGUUAAAGUCGCUGCCGGACUUCCUUCGAACGGCUCCAUUACAGAUACUGGAGGUUCGUCACGGUUCAAUUUUGAGUGAACGUUGCCAAAAAGGAUCAGGAGAAGAUUGGGCCAAGAUUUCCCACAUUCCAAACAUCCAGAUUGAUGGGAAGUAUGUGCAAAGAGAUGGUCGAGAAGUUAACUCAGAGUCAGAGUCUUCUAGUUCCACAAUGAAUUUACCUGGUUGAAACGUAUUGGUCUCUUCUCUUCACAUUCGUGGUUGGUGUCAGUUUGUUCAAGCAACUCAUGGGGAAGAUACCAGAAAUGAAGAUUAGGCACUGCUUCCGUGAGGCGAACCAGUGCGCAUA